AAAAGGGUUAAAGGAAAGGAAAGGUUAGGUUGGGGAGCCGGGGAGAGCAGGAGAGGAUCGAAGAUCGAAGGCGGAAGGGUUCAACUGCUUUGUUUGUUUUUGUUGUCGUGAGUCAUGAGCUGGAGGUACUGUGCUGCUGCUCAUCAAACUGGAUCACUGGGAGCCGGAAGGGAGGGGAUCAAAUAAAUGGAGCUUUCACAAUCCUCCUGCCCUGAUUUCAACCAUUUCCAUGGAAGAAGACCAUAGAGAAACGGGAUUUUUAAAUUCUCUCUUCCCUGUUUCUUCAAGCAAUUUCAGUCUCUCUAUCUGUAUUUUUCUUCAUCAAAUAUCAAUCCCUAGCUGUAAAGCUUCCAACAUUUCUUAUUCUUUCUCCAAACCCAACAUCUAAGAAAACUCUCAACCACUCUCCCCAUACGACGUCCCAACGAUCUCCUUUCCAUAACUUUUUUUUUCCCUCUUUCAGACCUAUCCUUGAACACCCAUCUCCGUUUUCUCUUCCAGGGUUGUUUCCCACCCCACCCACCUCUCUUUCGAUUCACUAUGAUCGAAGAUUGGGUUGGGUUCUCUGGAACAAAGAUGAAGGUUUCGACGUUCGUUUUUGUUGUUCUCCUUGUUUGUCCUCUUCUGAUGAUUGGGGCCGACGAGCUCGACCAAAAUCCACAGACGGAGCGAAUUUCAGGAAGCGCUGGUGAUGUUUUGGAAGAUGAUCCUGUGGGAAGAUUAAAAGUGUUUGUUUAUGAGCUGCCGAGCAAAUAUAACAAGAAAAUACUGCAGAAGGAUCCCAGAUGCCUUAACCAUAUGUUUGCUGCUGAGAUCUACAUGCAUCGGUUUCUAUUAGGCAGCCCAGUUCGAACACUCAAUCCUGAAGAAGCUGAUUGGUUCUACACCCCUGUAUACACCACUUGUGACCUCACACCAAAUGGGCUUCCUUUGCCAUUCAAAUCUCCACGUAUGAUGCGAAGUGCAAUUCAGCUGAUCUCUUCAAACUGGCCUUACUGGAAUAGGACAGAAGGGGCUGAUCACUUCUUUGUUGCCCCCCAUGACUUUGGGGCCUGCUUUCACUAUCAGGAAGAGAAAGCUAUUGAACGAGGGAUUCUUCCACUGCUCCAACGAGCUACCUUGGUUCAGACUUUCGGACAGAGGAAUCAUGUUUGUCUGAAGGAGGGUUCAAUCACAAUUCCUCCAUAUGCACCUCCACAAAAAAUGCAAUCCCACUUGAUUACCCCAGACACUCCACGCUCGAUCUUUGUUUACUUCCGGGGUUUAUUUUAUGAUGUGGGAAAUGACCCAGAAGGUGGUUAUUAUGCGAGAGGGGCACGGGCAUCAGUUUGGGAGAACUUCAAGGAUAAUCCACUUUUUGACAUCUCUACUGAGCACCCAACUACAUAUUAUGAAGACAUGCAGCGUGCUGUUUUCUGCUUGUGUCCUCUGGGCUGGGCCCCGUGGAGUCCUAGAUUGGUUGAAGGAGUAAUAUUUGGAUGUAUUCCUGUUAUCAUAGCAGAUGACAUUGUGCUACCAUUUGCAGAUGCUAUCCCAUGGGAGGAAAUUGGGGUGUUUGUAGAUGAGAAGGAUGUUCCUAAAUUAGAUACCAUCCUUACGUCAAUACCACCAGAAGUAAUAUUAAGGAAGCAGAGGUUGCUUGCUAACCCUUCAAUGAAGCAGGCAAUGCUUUUCCCGCAGCCUGCCCGGCCUGGAGAUGCUUUCCACCAGAUCCUGAAUGGGCUCGCACGUAAGUUGCCUCAUGACAAGAGCGUUUACCUUAAGCGUGGUGAGAAGAUCUUAAACUGGACUGCAGGUCCUGUGGGUGACCUGAAACCAUGGUAGCAGCAGCGGCUUCUCUGGGAUGCCAUCAUCUCACUGUUUUUGCCUCGUUUCAGCCUGCCCCAAAUUCUGUUUGCAUCAACUCCAUCUGGGUGCUGGCUUCAUUUCAUUGACACUGAAAAAGUAAUUGUAAAUCACCAUUUGGUUGAAAGCCAAAACGAUUACGUUAUACUUAUCGCCUUCCCUUCUUUGUUUAGGUUUAGGUAGAGUGGUAGAUGUGUGACGCAUAUGUUGCACUUUGCCUUAUUGGGUAAUCAUUAUUUGAUCUUAUUUCUGACAUCUUAAUUUGAAGCUCUCAGAACAUUGGCUUUUCUCCCAUCUCUUUUCAAUUCAGUCUGGUGACUGAAUCAGGUGGUGGAGACAACCAUCACAGAAAAAAGGGUGCCUUGAGUAAGGUGAAGAUACACUUCUUGUUCCAGCCUAGCUUCAAGUGGUGAUGCGCUGAGUUGUAAGAAAAUUAUAUAAUUUUGUUUUUCAAGGGCUAAAUGCCCAUAUGGCUGAGUGUUGAUUUGUACUUAUAUAUUACUCUAUUGGCUUCCUGUUGAAAAGAAAAAAAAAUGUCAUACAGAGUACAGUAGGCCCCCAGGCUGGGUCUGGUGUUAAUUGCCUUCUAUUUCCAUCUCAA